AUGGCGCUGUGGCCGUUUGGCCGGAAGAGUAAGCGGCACACCAUUCAAGUCAGUCCCGACGAAGCCGCCGCCCUUCAGACCUCCCUCGAGCAGGACACCCCCGAAAGCUUGGGCCGCAAGCUUUCUCGCCGUGCCUCCAAACGGCUCAACACUCGGACGCGUACCGUUGAUGGUUCGGACAGUCUAAAUGACUCGGCGCGCGCCCGACCCAUCUCGCUACACCACCGAAUGUCAGAACAACACGAUCGCCCCAAUCCAGACCUGAUCCCCCAGCGACGCCUGUCCUACGCCGAAUCUAUGCUCAAAAAACAAGCCUCCAAUGGGCCUAAAAAGCUCCAAAAAAGCAAGCGCCGCACAGAGGAGAUCCUACGUGAGCGGCAUAUUCGCAUGCUGUCGUCCACUCCGAUCGACAUUCCGCACCGAAAUCUCGCACCCGACGGCGACUAUGUGCUAGAACAUCGCAAGAAGAGGGCCAAUGGUCGCCGUGCCGACCGCUAUAUGUCGGACAUUAGCCUAUCGAUUCGUGAUUCUGCUGCCUCCUCCAUAUCCGACAACUCGGACCCGUUCACAUACAAAGUCAACGCCUUCGCCGCGCUUACUCCCCGUCCCGUUGUUCGCUAUGUCGAGGCGCCUCGUCUCGCGACGGCCCGAAGCCAGGAGCCUGCCAAUAAAGAAACCGUUCGACGCGACAAAGAUCGAAUGCAGGCUUUGACUAUGUCCGAAGAGAACCUGUACGACUCAAGACGCCGCGUGAAUGAACUCGCCGAUUCAUUAGAUGCCGGAGGCCUCCGCGAAUUAUUAGACCGGGAUCGCCGACGACGAGAUAAGCAACAAAUUGAUGAUCAAGAGAAGCUAAGGCGCAAAUUGCAAAAACGAGCCGAUGAACAAGCGGCAGAAGAAAGGCGACAGGCGAUCGAAGCAACCACACCGGAAGCUACAGAACCGCAGGCCGAACCCAAAGUCGAGAUGUCGCUAGCUAUGGAAGAUGUUUCGGGGCAGCGGGAAGAGCAAAUUCAGAUCCAAAUUGAUGAGCCCACUCCUGUACCUGCUGAAGAACCCGAGACCUGGCUACGAGAAGAGUCAAAGGGUAGCGAUGCUGCCAGGCGUGAGUCCUUGGACAGCGCCAACGCUGUCGCAAAUAUCGGUGACACCUCUACCCGCGAGAUCCCCAAGCUUUCCACGCGCCCCAGCUUUGCGCCGUCGCAUGAGAUGGGCAUGUCGCGAACGACCCUCUCCCCGUCCCAUUCAUCUAUCCGCCAAGGAAUCAGCACUCCCAGUCAAUCCCAGACCUUUGGCAUGGGUUCGGCCUCUGAUCUCUCUGAACAUCGGUCACCAGAUAAUAGUGCCCGCCGUGGAAAUACGAUCACCUCAUUAUUUCGACGGGGUUCCUCUCGCCUCAAGCGACGCUAUCGCGAGCGGUUCCCCGAAUCCACUCCUGACAUCGCGCACUCCUCGCAGCCUUCGAACGAAUCCUUCUACAGAGUUCACACUCAAUCAUCACCUCCCGCGCCCUCAGCCUUCCCGCCGAGAACUUUCAUGUCUCCCGGCGCUGUCAUGCGUUCUCAGUCCAAAUUCACGGAGCACUUUGACUUUGGCGACGAGCCUCUGUCACCACCAGACUCACGGUUGCAAUCUCCCGAUAUACCCGAGCAGGUUCCCGAAUCCUCGUUGGAGAAGGAGGAGAGCACCUUCCUUCAUGGAACCACGCCCAGUGCUGGUGUGGAUAUUAUCAACCCACGUCGACGCCGCCACCAAUCUUGGAACGACAGCAUCGACGCCGAGUCUGACAAUGUACCUCUCUCCCAGUCGCUGGCUUCGAUUGACUCCGAGGGAUCAUGGAUGUCUGGUAGCUUCUUCCGUCGGAUGUCUCAAAAGCCUGGUAGCCCGGGCAGUCCAGUUCGAGCGAACAUGACCUCCUUUGAAGCCGCCAUGGACGGCACCGCCGAUACACAUGACGAUUCGCGGGACUCUGUUGACUCCCGUGGAGCGAGUAGCCAUGUGAUGGGUGAACCGGAGCUGGAUGACGAGCUGGGUGCUACCGACGCAGGCAAAUCUUCCGAGAUGUGGCACCGCAAUGAAUUCGGUCGACGGCCCAUGAUCGUCAAUCCAACCGUCCGUCCCAAGUCCACCCAAGGCAUGCUAAAGAGCAUUCCUUCGCUUUCUCCCAUCUCGGCAGAGGAGGAUUACAUUUCUGAUGAAGAGACUGAUCUUCCUCCCGCCCCUCAGCGAGUGGCCAGUCAGCACGGUGUAACUAGCCAUGUCGAACUGCAGCAAGGUUAA